AGGGGAGGGUCCAGAGGUGUCGUCAGUGGGGACGACAGAGGGCAUUUUUUUUUUCUUAUGCAAAAGAGCAAAGAGAAAGAUCAACCUAAACCAGAAGCUAACCUCUGCAGGGAGGAGCUACAUGGGAAAGGCAACGCUGACAGCUGUCUUUGCUGACUCCAAUUCCAGCAUCAUGAAUGUGUCGUCUGCUCACCUCCACUUUGCAGGAGGGUACCUGCCAUCUGACUCCAAGGACUGGAGGACCAUCAUUCCGGCUCUCUUGGUGGCUAUGUGCCUGGUGGGCUCCGUGGGGAACCUAUGUGUGAUUGGCAUCCUCCUUCACGGUGUUUGGAAAAGGAAGCCAUCCAUGAUCCACUCCCUGAUUCUGAAUCUCAGCCUGGCUGACAUCUCUCUCCUGCUCUUUUCUGCACCUGUCCGAGCCGCAGCAUACUCCAGAGGUGUUUGGGAUCUAGGCUGGUUUGUCUGCAAGUCCUCUGACUGGUUCAUCCACAUGUGCAUGGCAGCCAAGAGUCUGACAACUGCUGUAGUUGCCAAAGUGUGCUUCCUGUAUGCAAGUGACCCAGCCAAGCAAGUGAGUAUCCACAACUGCACCAUCUGGUCAGUGCUGGUGGCCAUCUGGGUUAUAGCCAGCCUGCUUCCCCUGCCAGAAUGGUUCUUUAGCACCACCAGACAUCACGGAGGCGUGGAAAUGUGCCUCCUGGAUGUGCCAGCUGUGGCCGAAGAAUUCAUGUCAGUGUUUGGUAAGCUCUACCCUCUCCUGGUGUUUUGCCUUCCUUUACUUCUAGCCAGCUUUUAUUUCUGGCGAGCUUAUGGCCAAUGUAAAAAACGAGGUACGAAAACACAAAACCUUAGAAACCAGAUCCGUUCCAAGCAACUCACAGUGAUGCUGCUAAGCACUGCUAUCACCUCUGCUCUUCUGUGGCUCCCCGAAUGGGUAGCCUGGCUGUGGGUAUGGCAUCUGAAGGAUGGAGGUCCACUGCCACCACAGGGUUUUAUAGCCCUAUCUCAAGUCCUGAUGUUUUCCAUCUCGACAGCAAACCCUCUCAUUUUUCUAGUGAUGUCUGAAGAGUUCAAGGCAGGCUUGAAAGGUGUAUGGAAAUGGAUGGUAACCAGAAAGCCUCUAAGUGCCUCAGAGGUUCAGGGGGCACCAGCUGGAAACACAGAGGCCCUUCCUGACAAGAUUCCGUCUGCAGAGUCCCAAACAUCCAUUCAAGAGACAGACAGACACGGCUUUCCCAACUCGAGCAAAGAGAACACUGACAAGGCAGUGGCUCCCACCCUCCCUGACGUCCAGCAGUUCUGGCACGAGAGGGAUGCUGUCCCUUCAGCACCAGACAAUGACCCUACACCCUGGGAACAUGAAGGCCAAGAGACAGAGAGCUAUGAUUAGUGGACUUAAUUUUCAAAGAAAAAAAUGUGACUAUUGUAUUUACUUGUACCGUUGCUUAGCCAUAUUGCUGAUUUACAAAUUACCAUUAGAAACUGCAAAGAUUUCCUUCUGCAUUCUCAAACUAUACAAUCUGGUAAGCAGAAUGGCAUGAGGUGAUUAUGCUUCAGAAUUCUCUUGUCUAAAGAACUCAUUAGAAGUGUUAUGUAAUUAUUGUGCUCACGGUAACAUUUCCCCAGGGUAACCCCUAAACACACCCUGAACAGCACUGGCUGGAGUGGCUAGUUUAUCACUGUUUCUUCCUGAAACUGCUGGCCUCACGUCAGCAAGCUAUAUUUCACCUAAGCAUAGCUCAAAAUCUAUGUCUACUUUGGCUUUUGUAAAGUGUAAAUCUGACUUGUAAAUUCUCGUUUGCUAAGUACACGUUAAUAUACUUGAUGAAAAAAUCCAUAUAAUUUUCCUGAGCAAAAUUUAAAAAAUAAUGAAUACAUCUUCUAUUCUGGACUAAUUUCAAACCAUGGCUCUUUGGGGCCAAAUUUAAAUAAAUUCAAGUCUUGCCUUACAGUAUAAAAGCUGUUUCAAUCCUUAAAAAUCUACCUGAAUUAAGUUUUGGAUUGAAAGUCUGAGAAUAUUCGUAGCCUAACAUGAUAUUCUAUAUCAUAAUGCAGAAAGUUUUCAAACAAAUGUCCCUUCUCUUCCAAAACAGAGUAUUCUACAAGCUUAAAUUGAUUCUCCUUGCUCUCUGUUCUCUAAGGCAGACUGUAAGCUGAAGAUGACACAGGUAUUAACUACUGAUUAACAGUUAUAGGCAAGCACAAAGGAGAAUGAUGGGACUUUUCUUGAAUCAUCAAACUUGGAACACCCUGAACUUUAAAGAUAUCACAGGGCUGCUAGGAUAUAAAAACAAUCAAGUGUAACAAAGUGUGGAA